CCUUUGACCUCAGGUGUAAAGUUCGAUAGAUCUAUACAAUACAACAGAUCAGUUGAUUCUCUUCGGCCCACCCGUCGCAGAACCUCAGGUUUGGAAAGAGUAAGUCUACUUGCUUCCAGAUUUCCUUCGCCAUCAGCAAACAGAUUGGCCAACGAAAUGGCACAGCCCCUCAGAUUUGAUGGGAAAGUAGUCCUCAUCACAGGAGCAGGGAACGGUCUGGGCCGCUCAUACGCUCUCGCAUUUGCUGAAAGAGGUGCCUCUGUUGUUGUGAAUGAUUUGGGAGGAGACCACAGUGGCUCUGGAUCAGGCACAAAAGCUGCUGACAAAGUUGUUUUUGAGAUCAAGUCAAAAGGAGGGAAAGCUGUUGCAAACUAUGAUUCUGUGGAGGAAGGAGAUAAAGUGGUCCAAACUGCUCUUGAUGCCUUUGGGCGAAUUGAUGUUGUCAUCAAUAAUGCUGGAAUUCUGCGAGACAGGUCAUUUGCAAGGAUAAGCAAUGAAGACUGGGAUAUUAUUCACCGAGUGCACUUGAGAGGCUCAUUCAUGGUCACCAGGGCUGCAUGGCCUCAUAUGAAGAAGCAAGGCUAUGGGAGAAUCAUCAUGGUGAGCUCUUCAGCCGGAAUUUAUGGCAAUUUUGGUCAAGCUAACUACAGUGCAGCAAAACUUGGAUUGUCAGCUCUUUCAAAGACUUUGUCACUGGAGGGCAUCAAGUACAAUAUCAGGUCCAACUGCAUUGCACCCAUUGCAGGCUCCAGGUUGACUGAGACAGUUAUGCCGCCAGAUUUGGUUGCAGCCCUAAAGCCUGAGUAUGUGGCCCCUGUGGUUGUCUACCUUUGUCAUGACAGCUGUGAAGAGACUGGAGGACUCUUUGAGAUUGGAGCAGGAUGGGUGGGCAAAUUGCGUUGGCAGCGAACAGAGGGUGUGUUGCUGAGAGAAAAGAACAAGGCAGUCACUGCAGAGGCUGUCAGAGACAACUGGGACAGGAUCACAGAUUUUGCCUCUGCGACAAUUCCAGAUGGAUCGAACAGUUUUGUGUUCGGUUUAGUCAAUCAGGUUGAUGAGGAGGAGAGGCAAGAUGCAGAAGCUUCUCAGUCAUCUGACCCUUUGGCCAGAGCAAAAGCCUUCAAGUCAGCAGCAGUCAAGUUUUCGUACACAGAGAGAGAUGUCAUUCUGUAUGCAUUAGGAGUGGGUACGUCUGUUGCACAAGAAGAUUAUCUGAAGUUCCUGUUUGAGCUGUCUGAAGACUUCAGUGUGAUUCCAUCCUUUGGGGUGAUCCCUGCAUUUGGAUGCCUCAAUGAAAGUCUAACAAGUGGUCUGCCUGGGUUUUCAGUGGAUCCAACCAAAAUACUGCAUGGAGAGCAGUACCUUGAACUGUAUAAGCCAAUACCUCCAUCUGGGACCCUGACGUCUCAGCUGUCAGUGGCUGACAUUUUGGACAAAAAGUCUGGGGCUCUCAUUUUGUACAAUGUGGAAACUUUCGAUGAGAACAAUGAAAUGGUUGCCUUCAAUCAGUUCAGCACCUUUGCUGUUGGCUCUGGCAAUUUCGGUGGGCCAAAGACCACAACUGUUGGGUACCCCCUGGCAGAAACCCCCAAACGAGCCCCAGAUGCUGUGAUGCAGGAGAAAACAUCAGUGGAUCAAGCAGCUCUUUAUCGAUUGAGUGGAGAUCGCAACCCACUGCACAUUGACCCAAGUUUUGCUGCCAUGGGAGGUUUCAAAACACCUAUCCUCCAUGGACUCUGCAGUUUUGGCCAUUCUGUGCGGCAUGUAAUGAAGACAUUUGCUAACAACGACAUGAGCAAAUUCAAGAGUGUGAAAGUGAGAUUUUCCAAGCCUGUCUUGCCUGGACAAAGUUUGCGAACUGAAAUGUGGAGAGAGGGUAACCGAAUUCUCUUCCAGACAAAGAUUGUCGAGAAUGGUAACAUCUGUAUCAGUGGCGCCUAUGUGGAUUUGAAGGAGGUGGCAAAUGUGAGCAAGCCUGUUCAGCAGAAUGGCGGAGCCUUGAGGAGCAGUGGUGUGUUCCAACACAUGGCCACCCAGCUCAGGUCGCAGUCUGGCCUUGUCGCUAAGGUCAAUGCUGUUUACCAGUGGAACAUUACUCAGGAGGGCAAGCCAGCCACCAGCUGGAUCGUGGACUUGAAAAAUUCCAAGACUGGUGAAGUGUAUGAAGGCUCUGUUCGCUCCGGAAAGGUCGACUGCACAAUCACAGUUUCUGAUGAUAACUUCAUGAACUUGGUCGCAGGCAAACUGGAUCCUCAGAAGGCGUUUAUGACAGGAAAACUGAAGCUUUCUGGAAACAUCAUGUUGGCUCAGAAACUGGGAGAUUUGUUUGCUCUCAGCUCCAAGAUGUAAAGAAUUGCCCACAGGACCUCAGACUGUGCUUUCUACACAAACAACACAAGACUAAUUAGCUACCCUUUGUUUUCUCUUCCCAAAGAAUGUCCUAAGGAUAAAGCAUACCCAAUUAUUUGUAUGAAGAGCUAAUAUGAUCCGUGCAAUCUAUGUGGUUUUGUUUGCAUCUGUUUUCUUGUGAUGGAACACAAAUGGUUUUUCAGAAGCAGUUGAUAAAGAGUUACGUGGGUAUGCUUUUGCCUGCCCUGUUUCACUCAUUUUGUUUGUUUUAUUUCUUUUACUUACUUUUUGUUUUGUUGGCAGUAUCUUUUUUGUUGUCUUUUUUCAUCUUAAAAAAAACAACAACAAAAAAGCAGUUGAUUUUCUUGUCCAGGACAGUAAAUCGGUUUGUGUACUCCAGUGUUGUCACGCAGAUAUUUUUCUUUAAUCAUUUAUUCUCGUCUUGUUUCUGCAAAUUGGUUUUGGUCCAUAUAACUCUACCACCGAGAAAAAGAUGAGCCCUUUGUAUCAAAAACAAUUCUUGUUAUGUUUUUUGUUCCGAAGAAUUAUUUAAAUAAACAGUGUGAACCAUUUUUAAUGUCUGAACAUUCCUGUUUGACCAAAAGUACAUUGCAUGUGCACAAGUAAAUGAUAAUUUUUUUGUCUGCACCAUCUUAGAAUUUUUACCUUUUUCAUGGUAGAUGAUUUGCUCAAAUGGACUAAACUGUAAAUCUGACGACUUAGGUUCCAUCCCAGCUGGGUCUUUUGAGAGCUUUCGUUGUUUAAUUAGAAGAGUUUAUUAUGCUCAUAUGUUUUUGUCCCAUCUCUGUUAUAAAACGUAAAUAGUGUUUUUUCAUUAGAGGUUUAAAACACCAGUCGAUUAGCAUUAUCUAUUUUUACUGUCACAAUGUUAUAUCUUUGAGGAAAUGGUUGAUAAUUUUUUAAAAAAAUGUUUGAUACCACUGCGCUGAGACAUGCCUUGAUAAUCAUCUGAUGUAAUAAAUCAAAAGAUGGCAGUGAA